AUGAACGUUUCCAGAAGCGGUAGAACGUUUUAUUUACUGGGCGUCCGCGAAAUGAACGUGAUUCUGUUGUCGGAAAUGAUCGCCCGUGGCGGUUAUGAGGUUUUUUUUAAUCAAAGGAAAUUAGCCAGUAAAUAAAAAAGAAUUCAGAUAUUAAUGCCAUAUUGUAGAGUUUUUACCGUCGCAUUUAAAAAUUUUGUACUUGAAGUAACCCAAAAAUGACUAUUUUUUGAGAAAAAGUGAAUUUUUUGAAUUUCGCGCCAAGACAAAAAAGAACGAGGUGUAGAAAGUUUGCAUUCUAAUAUUCAGAAAAAAUAUUUUAAUGGUCAGACAUUUCAAAAAUCUAUCUUAGAGAGAAGCUUUCAUGCCGCGGAGGAAAACAGGAAAAAUUAAAAUUGAGAGAAAAUGAGAAAAAUUGAAAUAAUUUUUGUUUUCAGAGCAACUGUGCAAUCGAAAAUAACUUUUGUCCAUGGAGCAACUUUGCUCCGAAAUUCACAUUCAGCGGAAAUUCGAACUUUUUCUUCAAAUUGAUUCUAUUUGGAAAAUGGGAACUUCUGCGCAGUUUUAAGGAAAAAUUUUGAGACUCAAUAAAAAGCUCUACAAGAUGACAUUAACGUCUCAAAAGUCAUUUUUUACUGGCAAUAUUAUUUUCAUAGCAAUAACAACAAAUCAGAUUUUCCUACAGAACAUAAUUAUUGAAGACGCGAAAGUUUGCGUUUUUUGUCUCCGUUUGGUCGCCGAGUGCUGGUCUCAUUUCACACAAUCCACUCAUGAUUGUUUGAAAGCGUGCGUUUUUUUUCUUCUAUAGAUUUUCUGUGUAAUCAACUUGAAGCUUAAGUUCUGGUUCAUUGAAAACAGUUUUUCAAGUUUUACUAAGAAACUGCAGAGUGGUCCCUAGAGGGGCGACGUUUGGGGCUCUUGAAGGUUCCUUGCUAGGAACCGUUUUACUCUAUGGAACGCUAAUUUCUCAGUAGACCUUUUAGGGAUUCAGUUAGUGGCCACUUGAGGUUUAUGAGCUUCGGGUUCAGACCUAAAACUCUUGUAGGGGCAAUUAUACGUUUCCUAUAGAGGCUGUUUCCCCUGAACCCCUAGAGGGACCACUCUGUGGUGCCUAAGUAAGACUUUCUCAAAGUGGUUUCGAUCUAGCGGUUAGAGAAAGAAAAAGAUAACUGAAUUUUGGAGAUUCAGAGAAGUUUUUGAUUUUUUACGGAUAUUACUUUGAACAGAAUUUGCUAUAUUUUCAUGGAAAAAAUGAGGUUGUUUCGGACAUUCUUUUAGAACGAUUUGAAGCAAUUUCAAGCCUUUGAAGUAAAAUUUUUUGAUCUUUUAUCGAAUUAAAAAUUAUUUAAAAUGGCCUUUUUGACUUUAAAGUUUGAUUUUCCACAUUUUUUUCCAAAUUUUUUUGAAAUUAACCAUUUUUGUAGGCACAUAAAAACGACUGAGUUUCGUGAAGUCAGUGAUGUUACAAUUGAUGAUAAAAUCACCGAAACGGACAUGCCUCUGGCAAUUUUUCGUUACGCGACUUUUUUCCGAGAUUUGGUGGGUUUUCCAGAUGAAAAUACAGUUGCUUGCUUUGAAGCGUGUCUUAUGUUCCAGCGCUAAAGUCGUUUUAGGUCGGGCUCCCUUCAAAGGAACCAAAAAUUGUCGCUUCAUAGUGUAUCUCAACUGAUUUUCAGUGGAUCUAAAGAUUUUUUCCCAUCAAUCAGUUUUUAUUGAAGUAAAACAAGUUUAAGUAUCGAAGAAUCUGAAUUUUUCAGUAUAAAGAUGGUCCAAAAACUUUUUUACCCAUCACAAAAUUUUGAUUUAUUUUCUAUCGAUGUGCAAUGAAAUUGAGUCUGAAGGCCAUGAUUUUUAUGUAUCUGAAGGAUAUUCGACUUCAGCCGGCGCUAAAAGAACGGACAGCGAUGCUUUUCAAGUGGAGAUGUGUGUUGGAAGGCGAAAAAUGCGGGAAAAUCUACGAAUUUCCGACCCUGAUCCUCCUGAGGAUGUUCGCCUUGCGACAUUUUCAAAAUCAACACGGGGAAUUAUUCAAUCCGAAAUUUAUUUCCUUUGAAUGGUGGGUUCGUCUCGUUUCGACUCAAGAUGUUUUCGAGAAAAAAAAAAUAGAAUUUUUGUAUGCAGAAAAUUUAAAAAAAAUUAUGGCGUAAAAUAUGACGUUUCGGUCGUAAGGGGUUGCACCGAAAGCAAAUAAAUCCACGCGCAGUUUUAGAUUUUUUUAUUAUUAUUUUUUUUGUUUUUUUAAUAUCUCUUUGGGCUUUUUUUCGAAUGUGUUUUUUUGACACAAAAAUUUAUACUUUUUUUCAAAUGUCUCGAAAUCGAAAAAAAGAAAUAUUUUAUGAGAAUUUAUUCCGUCUCGAGAUCAAAAAACCCGGUCUCGGGCAUCCCCGGUUCCGAGAAAAAGAAAAUAAUGGGAAACAAGGCCCAUAAUUUCCUGGCACGGAUAAUUGUGUGUGUGGUGAAAAGAAAUUGGAUUUUUCGGCCAUUAUCCAAGAAACCGAUUGUUUUUCUUCAGGGGACUGGUUUCGAGGGAUUUGAGGGUGAAGUUCAAUUUUUCGACUUUUGAUCAGCCUCGAGAUUUGACGCGAGGAACUUUUGAACACACGUUUGGGAUGCUUGAUAAUGAAAGAAAAAUGAAAAUUUCAGGGAUCCCAAUGAUUUUGUGCUCCCGUACCAGAAGCAAAUGCUCGAGGAUGAGUUCAAAAAUGAUUAUAAGGUCUUUUUUGGAAAUUCUCCACAAAAAAUGUCAUUUAAAAAGUUCUGUCUGACUCUGUCUAUAUUUUGAAUGUCAGAAAACGCUCUGCGAAUAGCUCGCUCUCUGAUUGGUUCAUCGCGCCAUUAGGGGCGGAGCUUGAGCGAGGACUUGACAUUUAAAAUAUGAACGGACUGAAAAGUUAGGAAAAAAGUUCAGAUCAUAUUCCCGAUUCAAAUUAUUUAUAAAAAGAAUCGGUUCCUAAUAACGUGAGAUCAUAUUCUAUGAAUAGGCGAAAAAAAGAAUUUUCAAGAAAUUUUUUUAUUUUUUUGGUUUUUUUGUAAGAACAUCGCAUUCUUAAGUUUUUUUGAACAUGAUUUGAGAAAAGUUUUCUUUAAAUAAAUAAAAAUAAAGAAUAUUAAAAAAAUUGCUAGUAAUAGAAAAAAUUUUUUCCUUGCCCUCUCCUCAUAGGAAAAUUAGAAAUUUCAAAAAAAAAAUUCCCAUUUCCUGGCGUUCAGGUGUGUGGAUUUUGCUAUCUUCCUUGCCAUUCGGACGUCUUCGAGAAGCACAUCGUUCGCCAUGGUUAUGUCGAUAAAGGGUUCGAAAUUCCCCAAUUUCCCGGAAAAUUAUUCUGAUUGUCUUCCAGAAUCGUCCUCGUUCAGAAUUCAAACAAAACCUUGAGCGGUUUGAAAAAAUUGAAGAAGAAGUAUCUCAAAUCCAAGGUUUUGGAAUUUUUUUUCAAAAAAAGAUUUAUACAUUUUCAGCUUGGAACUCAACCUUUCCACAUUUUCAAGCCCAAGGAUGGGGAAGAGGAGGUUUUGAUCGAUUUUUUUUUGGUUAUGAAGGAAAAUAGUCUAUUCACCACUGUUUUAGGCGAAAAUUGCGAUUUUCAAAGGUUCAUUGUGUUUCUAUUAGUUUUGAACGCGUGAAAUGAAGGAAAUUGAGAAAAAAAUCACAAGUUAAUCGAUAAAAAUUUGUGAAAAAAAGGAGUGAACAUUUAAAGGCGCAUGGACCGCGCCUCAUGAAUCAUAACGACGCGAAAAUUAUUCUUUCAUUUUUUUAUUUUAUUUUUUUGGUUUUUCGGGCGAAUGUGGGCACUAGCAUAUGGUUCCACACUUAUUGGCUGGAAACCUUUUUCCAAAAAGAUUUAAAAAUUUUUUUCUGGAGGAUUAUAGCCUUUUCACUGCUGUUUUAGGCCAAAAAUUGUACUUUUCGAUAAUUUUUUCAAUCAACUGAAAGACGAAUGGUUCAAAGGAAGUUGUAAAAAAAAUUAGAAUCUAAUUCUAGAUUAAAAAAAGGGCUCAGGUUUAAAGACGCAUGACCCACAUAUAAGAGGGUAUCCCGACGCGAAAAUCUGUCUGUAUUUUUUUUUCGCAUUUUUGGCUCAAUCGAGUGGUGUGUUAAAGUGGAAUAUUUCAAUCGAUGAAAUAUUUCCGAAAUUAAAGGCGCAUGGACAUCGAUCAUGAAAGUGUCUCGAAGCGAAAGUCAAUUUUCGAACGUUUUUGGCUCUAAAGGCUAGUGAAUGAACUGUAGUUUGAUGCAUUUGCGCCCCAGCGAAUAAAAACCUGUUGACUGGCUGGACACGCCCCUUCUUGGCUGGAAGUUCAAAAAUGAUUCCGGGCAUAUAUUAAGUUCGAAUUUGAAAGAAAAUAACUGCAUUUUUCAAAAUGUAUACGAUUUUGAGCAAAAAUGUAUAUUUUUAGCGUACAAAGGAGGAGAAGAACGUACUAUAACUAUAAUGAGAAUACGAUUUUAUGGAAAUUUUGUCUGAUUUUGCUCGCCGAGUAUAAUUUCGAACAAAAAUCCAGCGAUUAAAAUAGAUUUUCCUUCUAGGAAGUCGUCGGGAAAGAGGAAGAAAUAGCAGAAGUUGAGGAUGAUUCAGACGGAAAUCAAGAGGUUUCGAAGAAAUCCUUUUUUGAAAAUAAAAGUCAGAACUUUAGGAUUUUUCUGCUGAUAACGAUACCAAUGUGACGUCGCUUUUCGAUGUUUUGAACGGAUAUCAGGAGGUUUGACACGGGCUUCAUUAGGAACACGGCAUUCCCAAACGGGGUGGGAAGACGUCAAGAAGGCGCGAAAAUUCAAAUCUCAAGUACGCAGCCAAAGGCGAAACAGGCUAUUAACGUUGGAUACUUAGUGUAGAAUGACGUCAUUUUUUCCGGAGCGCGUACUUACUUUUUUGUAAAUUCAGAAACUUUGACGCCUCGCUCACCCCCUUAAGAAUGCCGUGAAGAAUGGCUCGAAGUCGUUCGAGGUCGGGCGCAGAGAAAUGAUACGCACCGAAAGUUGAGCUUGAUCUCGAGCGAAGAAAUGAGCCUUUCUAUGGAGUUUCAUGAGGGCUUUAGGGAAAAGUCGUCGCUUUUUUUAGGAUGAAAUCUUCUCGAAUUUUCAAUCUUUGAAGGAGUUUUGGCUUUUAUUAAGGUUUUAAAAGUCAUGGAGCACUUAUUUCUUCAUAAUAUGGCCAGUUUCGAAAUCGGAUUUUCAAAAUAUCUAUUUUUCUCAUUUUCGCCAAAUAAUGCUCUCAAAAAUCUUGAUAAACAAUUUUCUGCACUGAACAUAUUCCAAUUUGAGGUCUGAUGAGAAAAAUUCGGUUUACAAUAUACUCCAAUUUAGGGCCACUUGACCUUUUGGAACUUCUUAAUAACCAAAAAUCAAAAAAAUUCAAAAAUUCAGAAUCAAAACAUUUACGAAAUUUGAAAAUAACCUCAAACUAAAACUUCGAAAAUCCGAAAAAUGAUCGAUUUAAAAAAUGACCAAGACCGACUUUUUCCGAAUGCCUUGAUAGGAUUGAAAAUCGAGAGUUAAUCAAAUAAAAUCCCAAAAAAGGAGAUUUCAGCAAAAUGCGGAUGAAUCGACAUUAAUCUUGAGGAAUCACGAAACUGAAAAUGGAAACUUGCUUGAAAAUGAAGAAAGUCAGCGAAUUGACGAUUUUUCGCAUCCUGAAUGCAAUUCCGUUGUUCCGAGUAGUGGGGGAGUGUCUUCCGACUUGGUUAAUCUUGUCCCGGAAGAGGAAUCCGAAGAUGUUGUUCAGGUAUUUCCAUUCAUUUUUGAGAGAAUGAAAGAUUUUCUUAAGGGAUCUUCUCCGAAAAAGGCGAAACAUAAGUUCGUGGAGAGUUUUGGGAAGACUCCGUGAGUUUUGAGAAAAAAAUUGGAAGAUUUUUUUAGGAUUUGAAAGGAGUUUUAGAAGUAAGAUUGUUUUUUAAACUAGUUUCGAGAUUCACGGGUCAAAAGCGAGAGAGUAUGGAAUAGUUGGAGAGUUUCAGACACUCAGAGAAAGCUUUAUGUGUCUGGAGCUCUCCUCAAUUUCCAUGCUCUCUCUUUCUUUUGAAUGUUCGACUUUUAUUGAAAUUUAUUGGAAGUUGUUGUAGCACGUUUGAAAUACGAAAAAGAAAUCAAAAGUCACUUUUUUUUUCUUCCCGAAAUCCCAUCAUUUUUCUAGCUUCGACGUGCAAACUUCGCCCAAUUCUUCCGGGGAAUCUUCGGAAAAUGAGCAGGAAAAUGAAGGAGAGAACCCGAAUUUAUAUGACAGUUUGGUGCUGCCAAGGUGAAGUUUUGGAUCGAUCUCUGGACGGAAAAAUAGAAAAAUCACGUUGGUCCCACGGAAAAUGGCUCAAAUCGACGCGGCUUCUAUGAGUUGCGUCCGACCUCGAAACGGUUUUCGCCUACCCGCAUGAAAAGCUUGAAAAAAAGCCUAGCUUGAACCGCAAUGCAACCGCGACGCGUUGAUCCAUUCCCAGUGCGACCAGAAACGGAAAAUCUAAGAAAAUCAUGUAUUUUCCCAAAAAAUUAUAGAGGCUGAAUCAUCAAAUCCAAUUCUCUUUGUUUAUCAUUGAUUUUUUUAAAAAGGCAAAAGCGACAUUAUUGAAACGAAAGGGAAAUUUUGGACCGGAGAUUACGGUAGAUUGAGCUUUUUGCUAGAAUUCGAAUUUUUCUGAGAAAAAUCGCAUGAAAACCUCUUUUGCCCGCCAAAAAUUCUCUGACUUCUCUGUUCCCUCUUCUCCUCCAGUAAUAUUUUCAAGUUCCUAUGACCUAAUCAGUGAGAUAAAAGAGAGCGCAGACAGGUUAGAGCAGGCUUUUUGUUUCGUCCUGAGAUUUCAAGAAUAAAACUCGAUUUUUUUCAAACUUACUUAAAAAUUUUCAUUUUUUUUUUUGUAAUUGAUUUUUUUCAGUGCUUGUGAUCGUAUACGAAGCAAUUUUGAAACGCCUUUUGAUGGGUUAGUUACAAAAAAAUGCAUGCAUUUCCGAGAAUUAUUCAGAAUUUCAAGCUUUGAAGACGUUCACCCGGAAAGACAAUUGGAAAUUUUGGCUUCGAUAAGGGACUUUAUAUGUAUUUUUCUGUCAGGUUCAUUCUUUUGAUUUUUUUAGGUAAUCAUUGUAUUUUUUUCGGAUCCUGAAAAUUUACAAAAAAAGGAAAUUCUCUAAUGGAAUUUCGUGAAAAGAGAAGUCUUGUUCAAAGAGAAAAGCGAAAAAAAGAAUUUGAUGCUAGAAUAAAAAUUUUAUAAAGCUCCAAUUGAAAUACUUUUCAUAUCAUUAUUUUUCAUAAAUUUCCCUUUUUUUAUCUUCAUUUUUUUAAAAAUGAGCUAUAAAAAGAAGUUUCAGCUGCUUAAAUUUUGAAAAAUUUCACAUCUGAGCUCUUUUUUAAUGGUAGAUAGAGCUUGUCCCGGUAGGCACGUCUGUUCAGUCCGUCCGGUUUGGCAUAGUGUAGGUUCAAAUUGUGCAUACACCGAUCGCGGUUUUUGGGCAAUAUCAUUCUUAAUAACGAGUUUUUUGUACGAAAAAAUAAACAAAUUUAAAGAAAAACACAAAAAGAACAUUAAAAGAUAAAAUUUAGUAUUAACAAUGGAGCUAUUGUAAACGACAGCAAGUCUUGAAAAAGACGGCCUAAUUUGAAAAAAAUCCAUUUUGUGAAAAAGUAGUUUUUUUGUGAUUUUUUUCAUCUAUUAAUGUCGAAAACAGCGGUCUUCAUUUUAUGAAAUAGAAAAAAAGUGGUCGAAAAUGGUCUAGUAUGGCUAGCGGAGACGGCGCAGUGCAAAUCGGAAGGGUCCCUGUAGGUCUGAACUGCUGAGCACGAUAAAUUUUUCCUUUCCAAAAUAAUUUAGUUUAAAGCCUUUAUGAUAUUUCAAAUCUCUUGAGACUAAGUUUUUCGUGAUAGGAAUACUUGAAUAAUGUGGUCGCACGUAAAAUGGCUUAUCAGGCUUGAUAUAUCUUCCGUUCGUCAAACCAACUUUUCAGAAAGACUCAAAAACGGCCUCGCGAAUAAAAAUGCCCUCAAAUCCUGAUGAGAUUGAAUUAUCGGUCCUAGCUCAUUUAGUUCUUCGACAUUUUCAAGAAAAGGAAGUUCAGGCGAUUUUGAAUCGAAGGAGGUGAAAUUGGAACAAGGAAAUGAUAAAAAAUGGAAAUUUCAGACAGGAAAUAGCGGAAAAUUCUACCUUGAAGCUCCCUUCUUUCCUCCUACAGCCUUCCGAGAAGGUGGGAACUUCCUGUCGAGAAAAUUCGAAUAAUAGUUGCUCCAGAUGUUCUUGACCUGCUCUUCUUGCUGUUCUCACCAGGACAAUCGUCUCACUUUCAACCGGAAACAUUUCGACGUUUGUGUCCGGAGAAUGGCCGGAGUUUAUCGGAAAAAGAAGCCCGAACCGCGGCCCAAAAACGAGAAGGAUUGUUCGAAGGAGAAAUUGUCGGAAAGGUUCGGGAUCGGCAGACUUCAUUAAAAAUAGAAAAUGUGGUCUUGAUCCUUUCAAAGUGAUAUAAGGGACGCCAGAGGGGUCCCUAGAGGGCAUUCGAAGGUUCCCCUCUAGGGACAACGUAGCCCCUCCCUGGAGGGGACACUAAAGCUUCCAAAAGUGAUAACUUAAGGGAAGCAUUCUAGUGGUCCCUAUACACCUUUUUACGUCAUUACGUCCCUAUACGUCAUUUUAAGUUUAAAACCAAACCAAAAAUUAAAAAUCCCUUAUAGGCACCGCUUGAAUUUUACCCCUUUUGGAAGCACUAUUUUGUCUUCUACAGGAGCUGUCUUUUCCUUGAACCCUCUAGGGAUCCCUCUGGUGUUUUUAAGAUAAGUGUGUAACCUUUGUGAAAGAAAAAAAGUUCUGGAAAACUCAUUUUUCUGUGCUAAAAACCAUGAAUUUGCCACGUCUUUCAGUUUUCAAAUCAGAAAAAAAGACCCCUAUAGGCACCACUUGAAUUUGACUCCUUUCGUGAUCACUAUUAUGUCUUCUACAGGUUUUCUCUUCCCUAACCCCUUUAGGGACCACUCUAGCUUUUUCAAGUUAGAUAUGUAAUCUUUAUGUACGGAAAAAAUCUUGAAAAACUCUGUUUUCUGGGCCAAAAAAAAUGAUAUCGCCAAUUUUUUAUUGUAAAAAGGGGCGGGGCCUAUGUACAGUCUGUUUUUUCCCAACACGAAAGAGCGGGACUUCUCUGCGCCCUCCUUCUCACCCUCUCAUUUGCACGUGCUGUUUUCAUGUUUCUCUCACCUCACCGGCCGAGGGAGAAGAGAGCGCAGACAAGUCAGACUGCUUCGAGUCGAGUAUUGAUCGAAUUAUUUUUAAGAACGCCAGAGUGGUCCCUAAAGGGGCGACCACCUGAAGGUUUCAUUCUAGGGGCCACUUUACCUCCCCCUAGAGGGGAAAAUGAAGCUUCCAAAAGUGACAACUUUAAAGGAGCAUGCUAGUGGUCCCUAUAUAGCUGGUUCACGGCUGGCUUGAGCCAUCGAAAAAAGGGUCCUGACACGAUAAUGCACCAGAUAGUGCGUGUCUCUUGGAGAGCGCAGACAGGCCACGCCCCUUCAGCUUUCAAAGCUAGCCGCGAAUCAGCUGUACGUCUUUUUAAUUUUCAAAUCUAAGCAAAACUUGAAAAACCCCUAAAGGGACCACUUGAGCAUUAGGGGCUUAGAGGAUAGACUCGUAAACUUAAAAUCUUGAAAAACUCUUUUUUCUGGUUCAUGUCAUUUUUAAAGACUUUUCGCGACCUUAGAUGCGAGGGAAAAGAGAGCGCAGACAAGUCAGACUUCUUCAAGUCGGCUAGAAUGAAGUAUAGCUGAGAAUUUCCCCCUUUUUCAGUAGAACCUGUACGAUUUGCGGUGACGUCAUCAGGAUCAAAGAGCAUUAUGAUGCGGAUACGGUAGAAGCCGUCCAUCUGGCCACACAUCUACCCAAUCCGACGGCUCAAAAAGCGUUGAAAGACUUGGAGUUUGUUCAUUUUUGGCCGAAUCCCCUGAAAAUCGCAUUUUUUCAAGGGUAACCAACAAAGUUUCGCAAAAAUGCCCGUUUCUGGACGUGGACCGGCUACUCCGACGCGUUGACCAUUCGAUCGAUUUCGAAAAACCUCUUCUGGGCUGCGCGAAAUGUGGAUAUACGACUGUUCGAAUCCGAUAUCUAUAUAAACAUGCGAAAUUGAAGCAUGAUUUUGGAGAAAGUGAGGAAAGGUUGGUUUUGUGACCCAAAAGGAUGGUUUUGCCCAGGGAUUUCUUGAAAUUUGACCAGAAAACUUUAAUUCACUUCAGAAGAUUCCAGAAAACCCUAAAUCUUCAGAAAUUCUUGAUUUUUUUUUUUGAGAAAGGCAGCUUUUAAACGGGAAUUAAUGGAACGGAUUAUUUUUCUCGACUUCCAGCCAUUUGUGAUUUUUCGAAAGUGCGGCAUAACUUUUUGAGAUCAAUAAUAAGUCUAUAUGAAUGGAAUUUUGAUGAAUAAAUUUAUCCUUGAUUCUCGAUAUCAAAGAAAAAAGGAAAAAUAAAAAAACAUUUCUUACACGGUUCACGGUGUUUUUUUAUUCGAAACCGGUUUCAAACUACGUCAAAGGAACUGAAUAAUAACUUGUACUUAUAGAAAAAAUGUCAAACGAAUUAUUAUUAAAGUAAAAAAAGCCAAAAAAAUAUGCUUUUUUUCAAUCAACUCUUUCCGUAAAUCUUGAGAGAACUUUUGAGGGUGGGUCUUGUAAUCCAAAAAAACGGGUCCUGAACAGAUCAAAACUACUGUAGUCGUACGAUUUAGGAAGGCCCGCCUCUGGUAUUUUUUUUUUCUGCGUUUUCUUUCACUGACAAGGCCGUCGUGGGUUAAAAAUUAAACAGACGAUUAGAAGAUUUUUAGACAGUACUUUUUGUUCAAAACUGGCGUUGAAUAGAGUAUUUUCAUAUUUUUGGAGUGCAGUUUUUGUUCCAAAUCGAUAAUGUUCUUCAGAAUAAAAGGUCCAUUGGCCUUUUUUCAAACUUUUAUUUGUAUUUUUCAAAAAAUACCUUUUUUGAUCGUUUUUUGAUGCUCUAUCUUCAAAAAAACAAGGAAGUUUUUGAUGGGAUUGAAAAAUUCAGAUGUCGUUUUUUUAUCAUUUUUUUCUUCGAAUGAUAUUUUCUAAUUUUGAAGAUCGAUUUUCUUCUAUGAAAACCCUAUUUUCCAGUAUAAAAUGUCCGCUGGCCUGCAAAUCCGAGCAAACGAUCCAAGGUCUCAAUAAAACUUCGUCAUUGGCUUUUCACAUAAUUCUUCAUCACUUGGACUCCUCCCACGCCGUUUCGACCCUCCAAAAGUUGUCAGUAAAAAUAUUUUCUCGAAAAUCAAAGCAAGAAUUCAUUUCAGAGUGAAAGAAAAGGAAAACUUGUUGACCGAGGAAAAUAAACUGGGCGUCGAUUUGAUCGCCUCGAUACGUUUAUCCUUGGAGCGGAGUUACUUCAGAAUCGUGUGCGCUGGAAAGUGCGAAGGGUGCGUUUCGGCUGAAUAAAUGAGAUUCCUGAUUUAUCCAGUUCAUAAAUAGGAUGAAGUUUUGAUUGCGAGGCUGGGGCCAAAGUGAUCCCUAUAGGUAGGCAGCGCAAAGCCACGCCCCUUCCCACCACCAAAAUGACGAUUUUUUUGGUUGCAAAAACGGUUUUGAGGCGUUUCUACCGGUUAAAUAACGAACUAAAAAAAGAAUUUUUGACACAACCAUAUGUAAUCGACAACGCUCUACAAAACUGUAUAGCUAGAAAUAUUCAUUCCAUUCAUAUGUCGCUAUAGAAAUGUCGGAAAAAAACUGACUCGAUUCACAAAUAGACUGCGAUACAGAAAAACCAGAUGAGGAACGCUUCUGAUUUUUGACAAUGUUACUCAUGAAGACAUUGUUCAGUUAAUAUGUCAAAACGAAAAAAAUUCACCGACGCGAAAAACGAAGCUUGUAAAGUGACAAAAAUUUUCAAAGCUGAAAUGCGAAAAAAAAUCAGCGGCAUGACAUACUUUUUUUUGAUCCAGAAAUUGCGUAACAUGAUGAAAAAAACGAUUUUUUUAAAAAAGAAAAAAAUUGGAUACCAAAUGAAAAAAAGUUUUUUUCCAAUUUGUAAAAAAAUAGCAUAUUUUUUUUACAUGCUCCGUUGGGCUAUCAUAGAUUAGGAUCGCUCUUGAAAUUUCGAUAUCUUUAUAGAGCAUCAAAAUAUUGGUUGUUAGAAAAAAAUUUUUUUAAAAAAUCGAUCGACGCGAAAAAAAUAUAAAAACCAAAUUAAGUGAAAAAAAUAAGCUUUUUUUAUUAAAUUUUUGCGCGGAAAAAUUGAAUGUAUAAGUGCACGCUUCGCGUGAACUGAUUACGGACGCGUCAAAUUUCGAAAUAUUUCGGUCCGAUCGAUUAUUUUAUUGUUUAACGUGUCUGCUUCGAUUUUUUUGGACCCUGUUAAAUAAAAAGGUCUUUUUAUUAUUUAUAAAAAAAUUUAUUCAAUCGUGUAAAAUACAGAUUUAAAAAAAUUUUUUUCGAUUUUUCCAUAUUGUUCAAAAGUUUUCACAACAAUUUCAUCAAGUAACUCAAUUAUUUUUUUACUCAAUUAUUUUUUUAUUGUAAAUAUUUCUUUCGUUGUGGUGAAAUUUCUUUCAUUGUGGUUUUCCCUUUUCAUGUUGAGUUUAUUUAUUAAUCACUUCGCUUUCAGAUUUUUGACUUUACGUUAGAUGAAAACUCGUUCUACGUUACAUGUUCUACUGAUAUCUUGUAAAUGAUUCCCGUAAAAAAAAGGUCUACAACCACUCCACGUGCACGUUAGUGUAGACUGCGCACAGGUUGGCAUGAAUAAGUGCCUCAAUUCAAUCAAAAUGAUGAAAAAAAGUGGCGCGACAAAAAAACUUACCAACCUCUGACCAAGCGAGUGGAUUCUUGAUUGAUGUUUUUUUGAAAUUGAAUAAAUUUUACUCUUCUUUGUUCUUGAUUUUUUUAUUAUUUUGUUGAAUUUCCUCCUAUCUAUCAAUGGAAAUUUUGUCUACUAGUUUUCGAUAUUUCAUAUAUCGAAAUAUUUGUUCAAUUUAUCGUUUUUUUCUUGCUGUAAUAUACUCAAUACCCGUGAAAAAAGUUUGUUAAACUUUCAUUUUAAAAAGUUAGUAAAGUUUGAAACCUUUAUAACUUUCUACAAUUGUGAAUUUGACGACUGAAUUAUGUUUUAAUAAGAAAAAGAGCGUGCUGUUUCGGGUCUUCUAACGUCGUGUGAGAACAACUCGUGAUAUUCAUUUUGAAAAAAAUCUCUGAGAAGGUUGAAAAUAUAAUGUUUUUUUAUCGAAAAAAACCCGAUUUCUUUUUUUUCAACAGCGUAAUUCCACACAAUUAUGCAAAGGCGCCGCAUGGUUUUGCGGACUCGCCUUAAAAAAUUGUGAGAAUUUCCCAUCCUUCACAAAAUUUUUCGUUUUUUUUCGCCUCUUUUUUUCCUUUAAACUUUUUCAUCAUUUUUUUUAAAAGUCUAUUGAUAUAAUGAAAUGGACAUCUCAAGCUGUCGAUUGACAUCAAGAUCAUGCAAAUUGAAUGGUUUUGAAAAGUACGCUUGCGGUGCCUACCUAUAGGGGCAAACUUACUUCUUUGAAACUUCAUUAUUUUUCCAAAAAAAAAAAUGGCAAAAAAAGAAUUGCACCGAAAGGAUUCGAACCUGCAUCAUAGGUUUCAUGGUGCAAGGCUCCUAGCCACUAUACCACGCCGCCUGCUGGCAGCUAGAGCGCAACACAUUCUUUCCAUCCAAUGCAUUUGUUGGGUGCAAACUUUGAGGCGCCAUAACUCGACUAGAAUCAAAAAGGCACACUUUUUUUCAACUUCUUUGGAUUCAGGGGGUUCGAAAGUACCUAUAUCUAUAGUUUCAUCGAAUUCAAAUACCUCGACCUUUAAAACUUCCAGUGUUAGAGACCCUUCAAGGUUUCCCUCAAGGGACCACUUUAACUCCCAAUCUAGGGGUCACUAAACAUGUGAAAGUGGCCAUCCAAGGGGCUCUGGUUAGUGGCCACUUAAGGUGAACAUACCUAACUUUUAGCCCUAAAGUGACCACUUUAACUCCCACUCUAGGGGUCACUAAACCUGCUUGAAAAUGCUAGGGACUAUACGUAUUUUUAGCCCUCUAGGGGUCACAGUUUUUUUUUAAUUCCUAUAGUGAUACUUGGAAUGGAUUCAGAUUAUAAGUUGCAUAUAUCCCUCAUUCUGUUAGAAUUUCAAGGUCGCAUUUGGAAUGGCUCAACGCGAUGCGGCCCAAAUUUAAGUUUAAAAAAUCCAUUAAACUGGUGUUUGCUCUGAAAAUUCCUAUAGUUCGGGCGCAACUUCAGAGUAACCAGGACGAAUUGAGCCAUUCCCUAUGCGGCCUUUUGUGUUUUGUCGAAAAGUUGGAUAGAUAAAAACCUGUCAUUUAGGAACCAUCAUAUCGAAAAAAAAUUGAAAAAUGAAUUUCUCUUAAGGUUCCAUUUUUCGAGGAUCGCCUCCUUUGUGCAACAUCGAAAAACACGGCUGCUUCACUAAAAAAAGUUGAAAAAAAGAAUUUUUAUAAGAUAAAGAAACCAAAAAGUUUCCAGUGAUAUCGAAGAACAUGCCGAUUUUGAGCAACAAUUCGACCUCUUGCAAAAUUUAUCCGAAGAAGAUGAUUUUUGCAGGUUUUUCUUGAAAAAAGAAUUGGAAAAGCUUUUUUUUGUUGCAGAAUGUGCCGAAUGAAGAUGCCCAAAGACGUGGCCGCAGAAAUUUUCCAUUAUUUGAAAAAUCAUCUAUUGGAAGAUACGCCCAAAACUCAGGAAGUCCUGUGGGAAAUGUUAGUUUUUGUUGCGAUUUUGAGUGAAAAAAAAAAUUGAAAAUGCCAAUUUUGAGCAAAAAAAUUAGCUGAAAUGAAAUAGAAGAAAAAAAUAAAACAGUUUUUAGAAAAAAUUAGAAAAAGUAGCCGUUUUCUUUCGAGCUUGUUUGCUCUAUUGAUAAUUUCGAAGAAAAAAAGAGUUUUUUUCGAAUUUUUUUAUGGUCUUUUUAUGCAAAUAUGUGUCGAUUUUUUUCAGUGCUUCAUCCCAACCGGAAGCGUCUGGAAUCGGUCUGGACGUUGUUAAUUCGACAAAGAUGACUAUUAAGAAGAGUAAUUUGAUUUAUUUCUUUGAUUUUUGGAUUUUUUCCCCCUGGGUUAGAUCAAAUCAACAGACGGAAGAGUUCAUAGCUGAAUUUUUGAGAAAAACCUUGUUUUUUUUUUUUUCUUUGACUCAUCUUACAACAGCGGCCCUAUGAUGUGUGAUGCCGAUGCGCGAAACCCGCUUUGAAGUCGGGCGCAGCUUUAAUUCGGCUGCGCUGAGCCAUUCCAAAUGCGAUCAGUGUGUUUCGAGCUAAUCUGGGAAUUAUCUAACAGUAGAGCGUUAUUGAAUUAUCAUCAAGUAUGACUUGAAUUCGUUUGGCCGCAUUGAGAAAGGCUCGAAGUGUUGCGGUCGCGCUGCGGAUCAAUUUAUAAAAAACACCUUUUCAAGCUCCCCCGUACCAAAGAAAGAGCCGUUUUGAAGUCGGGCGCAACCGUGUGGAAACCGCUUCGCAACCGCAAAGCGCUGAGCCAUUCCAAAUGCGACCAGUGGGCUUCAAGCUAAUCUGGAAAUUAUUUAACAAUAGAGCGUCUUUGAAGUAUCAUUAGGCAUGACUUAAACUCUUUCGGCCGCAUUGAGAAUGGCUCGAGGCGUUGCGGUCGCGCUGCGGUUCAAUUUAGAAUGUCAGAACUUUUUCGACUGGUCCCCGUACCGAAGGAGCUGUUUUGAAGUCGGGUAAACGGCCGCAACGCGCUGAGCCAUUCCAAAUGCCACCAGAAAAUUUUGAAAAAUAUUUCAGAAGCCGUCGUUCUGUGCUGCGCCUUCUGUCCGCAGUCUUUUGAUGUAGUUUAUAAACUGAGACAUCACUUUUCCCAACACGAUAUUUUUCUCACUUCUCUCAAAUUUCGAAGGUUUAUCAUAUAAACAAAUUAUCCUCAAAUCGUCCUAAUUUUCAACUUUCAGAACGAUUUGCGACACUUGCCCGGCUCAUAUCCUCAAUUUCGAGACGGAAAUCGACGAGAAUUUCUCCAAUUUCAUGCAUAUUUAUUCGUUCCAUUUGGAUGAUCUUUCACCAGUUCUCGAAGCUCUGGAGAAACUGUGAAUUUUCUUCUGAAGUUGAAAAAUAAUGAUUUGAGACUUUCAGGAACCCCAAAGUCUACCCAUUUGUCGACACAAUAAAGACGGCCAAAAUGAAAAAUGAAAAGCGGCAAAUUUCCUGUUCAAAAUGUGAUUUUGUGGGCUCGAAACCGUUGGAAUACCUGUUUCACGCCUCGAAACAUCAGAUAAAGGCGGAAAAGGAGGAAAUCGGGUGAGGUUUUUAUUGGAAAACGGGAAAAUUAGACAUUUUUUGAAGGAAAUAUGAGAAAACAGCUGAAAAGGUAGCUACAGAUACGCUGGGAAAAAAAUUACGUGAAAAAUUAAUUUUUUAAAGGAACUUGAUUUUUUUCUAAAGACGGACUUUUAAAAUUAGCUUUUUUGGAUUUUUGGCCUAGAAGUCGCUUUUAGCUUCUUACAGCUACGGUCCAUUCUACGUACGCAAAAUAGGAAGUUUUGCUCGCAUUUUGAUCCCGAGAAAAGUGACCACUCUAGGAUUUUUUUUUUUUUUGAUGUUUUUGGGUCGUUUAACAAUUUUAUUUGUCCUAAACAUCAUUUUUCUGGGUUCAUAGUCCCUUAAGUUACCACUCCAGAAGGUAUUAAAAAGAGAAAUUACUGCCAAAGGCCCAUAAUAAUUCGGAACAAAAUCGAAAGUCUCGGAGCAGUUCUAGGGAUCACUUAAGAGUUCUGACGCUACUAAAGUGGUCACUAAGAAUCUCCCGACACGUUCGAGAUUUGCGUGGGUUUCGUGUUAUAGCUAAUUCACGGCUGGUUCGAGCCAGCGAAAAAAAAAGGUCCUGACACGAUAAGGCAGGAGAUAGUGCCUGGAUCGUGGAGAGUGCAGACAGGCCACGCCCCCUUAGCUUCCUAAGCUAGCCGCAAAUCAACUAUAUCAAUGUCCGAGAAGCUCACCAUUGUUUUCGUGAAUUUAGCCGUGGAGCAUACAUGUGCCAGCCUUUUCGGGCUCACGCAGGCUUGUGCGAGGGCCGGCCCGUCACCCUCCCGGCCCCCGACCGUUUCGUAAGCCCAGUCCGGCCCGGCCUUAGCGGGGCCUCAAGAAAAAAUGGCCCGCCCGACCCAAAACGCGCAAUUUUUUACUAGUCGCACAUCAAGUUUUUUUUUACGACAAAAAUUACGUUUUUGCUCAUUUUUUGCACUAAAGUUUAACAAAAACUAUGAUUUGAAAAGUAAAAGUAACAUUUUGGUGAAAUUUUUUAAAUUUUUUUUCGAAGCCCGGCCGGAGCCCAAGCGGGUUUUUUUCUGAAAAUGAGGCCCAAAGCCCGGGCCAGGCCGGCCCUGGCCUGGCCGCCCGGCUUGACGCACAAGCCUGGGCCCACGCACUGCACUUUGACCAAAAUUUUUGAGGCAGAAAAUUUUUUUUAUCCGAGAAGCGUGGAUAAUAGUGAAAUUUUAUGAAUUUUGAAGCUAAUAAUUAAAAAAAAGUACUCGGACCUUGGUUAAGCGAACGGGACGCGAAUCGGACGUGUCGGGGAAUUUCUAGGGACUACUUUAGUAGCGUCAGAACUCUUAAGUGAUCCCUAGAAUUGCCCAGAAACGUCCGGAGCACGUCCGUUUCGCGUUACCAAUGUCUGAGUAGGUUUAUAAAAGGCACCUUAAUUCACAAAAAGUACAGAAACAGCUCUACGGAGGGCCGUCAUAUUUUCAGAUUUUUUUGAACGUUUCUAGCUUGAUAAAAGAUUUUUUCAGUUGGUUUUUAUCUUCCUAAUACUCUUGGCUUCACUAUCAUCAAUUUUCUUCCAAAAAAAAAAAAUGGUACCCAUCGGAAAUUUUUCUCUUCCGUGAAACCCUAGCGUUCACAUAUUAUUUUUCACCUCACAAAUUUUUUUUUCAGCAUUCGACCGAAAAAGCGGUGCGAUUUCUGCAAUCAGGCGAUCAUGGCCUCACAUAAAUACGAUCAAAAAGUCACGCUUUUGUCUCAUUUUUUGACGUUUCACUACAGAACCGACGAGGAGAAAUCGGCUGUGAAGAAGUUGUGGUGAGAUUUUUAGCAUAUCUAGAAAAAAAAAGGGAAUAAUGAGCUGAAAUAGGCUUUAUCCGCCAAAAGUUAGGUCGCAUUUAAAAUGGCUCAUUGCGCUGUUUCGAGAAAAAAAAUUCAGUUAAUUUUGAUUUUUUCGAUCUUCAGUGACCGAAAAUCGUUCACAGCAAAUUUUAAGCUCAAAAUUUUGAUGCAGUACAAAUCCAUAUUUUUGACUUUGCUGCUAGGAUUCUAUGAUAAAAUGGUUUUGAAGUUUGAAAAAAAAAUCACGAAAAGUCCUAUUUCGAGCGUAAUGUUUUUUUUCUCAAUUUUAGCCUCCAAAAAAGAUUUCAGUGAUCUUUUUUGCUUUUUUGAGCACAGAUUAUGACUCAGUGGAGGAAAAAAACACAUUCCUGUUUUUUUAAUAUUUUUAUAAAAAGUCUUUUCUUCCAAAAAAAUAGCGUUUUUUUUGCAGACUACGAAUUGAUCAAUGAAUUGAAAAACUUGGUACGUACUUUUUAUAAAUUCUCGAUUUUUUUCAGCGAGGAAGAUGAAUGGAUAGACCUGAAAAAUGUAUUCCCGUUCGUUUCGGUGGAAAAAACACUGGAAUCGAGUCGAUUUUCGUGUUCCCUUUGCCCGAAAUCGUUCCAAAUCCACGUCACGAGACUCGUCAAACACGCCGACACGGUUCACGGAAAGAAUGGGUCCGUUUUAGAAAGAAAAUAGAUUUGAAACUACAGAAGGCGGAAAAUUGAGUCAUUAUUGGGAAAAGUGUCAUUUGAUCUUACUUUGAAACAGAAAGUAAGGAAACAACUGGAAAUGGAGUUAAUUCUAAAUAAAAAAAGAGCUCUAUUUCAAAAAAAUAAAAGCUCAAAAAAAGGCUGAAAAAAAUUGAGCAAUUUUAAUGAAAAAAAUGUCUAAUUUGAUCAUUUUUUUAAUGAAGAAAUGUUCGAAAUGAUAUGAAAUUGAGUUAUUUUGAAGAAAAAAAGCUGUUCUUUUGACCAUAAAAAGUUUCGAAAUUUCAAAACCAUUUUUUUUGAUCACAAACUUUUUCAUGAUAAGUAACUCGAAAAGGAUUUGCAUUGCAAAAAUUUAUUACAAAAAAAUUUGCUUUUUUUUGGCAUUUUUUUCAAUGAAAUUCCUUUUUCAAUAAUAAUAAAUAUUUGGUUUUCGAUCUCGAGACCAAAUUUGGACCACCUGAAAAAAAUUAAUUUUUUUACAUUUUCAGACUCGAACAAAGAGGGAGGAAAAAUUGUUUCGGCGCCAGGUUCCAGGUGAUUUUUUUGAGCUAGGGAAUUUAUGAUUUUACGUCAGAAUAUUGAACAAUUAGAUUACGUCUUUUUUUAUAAGUUUUUUUUGAAUCUGUAAAGCUGAAAUAAACUCGAAUUGAUUUUGGAAAAAAAUUUUUCGAUUGACAUUUUAAAAAUAUUAUACUGCCUUUUGGAUAGUUAAAAUGACAUGGCAGUUUCUAAAAAAGUUUGACUUUCUUCAAAAAUUUAUUCUGCUCGCACUUGGAAUGGCUCGAAGCGUGGCGCGCCCGACUUUGAACCGACUUCCGCUUGGUCUAUUUUUUUUUUCUCUAAAACGGCAGUUAUUGAAAUUUCGGUGCUUGAAGAGUUUUUGGAGCAUCCUUGCAGAAUUUUUACCUAAAAAAAUGUGAAGUUAUUUAUUUUUUUAAAUAGCCAAAAAAAUCUUCUUUUUUUCAAUUUUUUUCGAAUUUAGAGGUGUUUUUUUUUGAGAAUUUUUUUGAGUGUUUUGUAUUUUAGACAAAUUGGGUUUGUCGAAAAUACUUUUUGGGUUUUAGCGAGCUGUCAAAACUCGCGUUUCCCGUUUAAUUUUAAUGAAAAUUGCAACCGCGGCGCCUUGAGCCAUUCUCCAUGCGACCAAGGUCAAUAAUUAUAACAAAAAUCACUUUCCAGAAAAGCCAAAAGAACUCCAAAAGCCGAAAAAAACAUCCUGACACCAGCCGAAAAUCCGAAAGAAAAUGCCGAAUUUUCGCCUCCAAGUUCUCCGGACGUUUUCGAAAAUCAAACGCCGAGAAAUCGAACGCUGAAGGAGGAGGUACAGAUUUUCUGGAAACACGGCGUUUCCAAAAGGAAAAAAAAGGGAAAAAUAUUGGCGCGAAAAUUCAAAUAUCUAAUACGCAGCCAAAGGCGAAACAAGUUAUUAACGUUAAAUACUCAGUGUAGAAUGACGUCAUUUUAUCCGAAGCGCGCACUUACUUUUUUUGUAAACUUAGAACCUUUGACGCCUCGUUCACAGUCCCUCACCCCAUUAGGAGUGCCGUGAGAAUGAGAAAAAUGAUUUUAAAUCGAAAGAGAAAAAAUUAUAGAAAUUAUUGGCGUUUAUCAAUCAUUUCGUUUUCAAGCUCUUCAUAAAAGUGAUUUUGAAAUGAAAAAAUCAUUCGUAAUUUUGGUGUGGCCAAUACUCAAUAUUCUUUAAUUUGAAAGCGCGUGGCCGCACUUGGAAUGGCUCGCUGCGGCCGACCCAAAACGACUUGCGCAAUGUGGCUUCGGAAAGCUUUGAAUAUAGUCACUUGAAAGGGCGGGACUUCUCUGCACCCUCCUCAUCUCUCGACGUCUCUCUCCUUUUCAUGUUUCUCUGACCUCGCCGGUGAGGGAACAGAGAGACGCAGACACGCGAGAGCUGUCAAGUCGCGGCGGACGGACUAUAACGAUAAAAUGUUUCCAUUAGGCUGUAGAUCUGUUUUCAACCGUUGUGCGAACGCGACGCAUCGAGCCAUUCCUAGUGCGGUCACUUAGAUGAAGAUAUAUGAUGCAGUGAACCGAAAAAAACGGUUUUUUCAAUAAUUAUACCCAUGAAAAUUGAGCGAAGAGAAAAGUUUAGAAGAAGCUAGGAAAUUUCGGAGCAAGAAAAAAUAAUAGACUUUGAAACUCCGUUCAUCUUGAUUCGAAAGCUCAUGGUCGCAUUUGGAAUGGCUUGAUGCGGCCGACCCAAAACGACUUACGCAAUGUGGCAUCGACAAGCUUUAAAUCAAGAUUAAAAGUCGGAUUCAUGAUUUUUAUGUACAGUACCGAUCAUAAAGAUACGAACGCUCAUAUUUUUGGUUUAAAAUUUUUUCAAUCAAUCUCGAUUGCUGUGAAACUUCACAUGAAUAUGUGGUAUGACCUCAUACACGUUAUUAAAAAGAAGAAACCGCUCUAAAUAAAUGAGACUGUCAAAAACGAGAUCUGCCAAAAACGCCUAAAGCCAAAUAUUGUUUGAAAAAUCCGCUACUCUGAAAAACUUCUCCAAGCUGUUUUUUCUUGUUCUACACAUCUUUCACUAUGUUCUUACGAACCUUGACGCAACUAGUAAAGUUAUUUCCUGCCCAAGAACGGCCUCAAAUAAGACCCUUAGAGCCAAGUCAACUAAAUCCUUCAGGAUCCUCGAAAAUUUCCAUUUACUUGAUCUGUAGUGAAAUUUUAAAAAUCCGCUUACCUGAAUACUGCUCAGAAGAAUUGAAGGAGAAAGCAUCUGCUAGGUUAUUUUAAACGACAAAAAAAAAUCGACCUCAAAUAAUCGAAAGAACUUUUUCCAGGUCAUGACGCCGCCCACCGUAAAAAGAGCGAAACUGGAUGAAAUUUCGAGAGAACCAAUAGUGGAGACGCCAAAAAGGACAAGAAAUCCUUUGACGAGAAAUAUGGAGGUAAAAAAAAUACAUAAAUUGAAAUUUUUUUUUAGUUUUUUGGAGGGAUUUCAAAAAGAUAAAAGAUUCAUCUGAAAGCUGACCGUUGAAUUUCUAACUGCUAGCUUUUUUUCAAGCUAGGAUUUAUGUAGAUUGAAAAAAUCGCUAUGGAAAAAGAGAAAAUUUUGAAAAUUCAGCAAAACUUGCAGAAUAAAGGGACUUUUUGACUUUUUUAGAGCCUCUCCGAGUUGUUAGAUAAAGAAAACUACUGGAUAAGUAUAUUUUUGGCCCUGUUCGACUUCAGCUAGGUGUUCUUAACAGCCUGAGUAGAUUUUUGAGAUUUAGAGAGACUUUUUGACAAAGUUCUGUUGAAAAAUACGAGCGAUUUAUAAGAAUGCGUUGUGAGAUUUUAUCAAAAAAAGAAGUUUUUCAACGUGAAAGAAUGUUGCUACCAUCAAUCAAUUAUUUUUUUCGUUGGACGAGACAUUUUUGUAGAGCCCGAGAAACACGAAACUCGAAGAAGUGUCCUUUGUGGAAAGGGAAGAAAAUCCUGAAGACGUUCCGACGACGUCGUCCAUUGGAAACAAUACCAUGUUGGAAGAUCUGAAGAACAGUAUUUCGAUGGAUUUUGACGCGCCGUUGUUCGAUCUGGCCCAGAUUGAUGAGGUGAGGAAAAGCUGGGAAAAAAUGUCAUGAAAGAGAUAGUGUCUGGUUGGUGGAGAGCGCAGACAAGGCCACGCCCCCUUGUGUCUUUAGCUAGCCGAGAAUCGACUAAAGUAGACUUUCUCGAGAUUGAAACAUUCUGGUCGCUAGUAGAAAGGCUCAACGAGGUGUUAUUGAGUUGCGCCCGACCUAAAACGACUUUCGCGACAUCUUAUGUGCAAGUUUGAAAUUCAACCUCGAUCCACAGAACGACCGAGCCAUUCCAAAUGCGACCAGGCCCUGCUUGAAAAAAAAUUUCUAUAGUCCGUUUUUGGCGACUUGAGACUUCUCUGCGCCCUCCUCGUCUCUCGGCGACUCUCUCAAGUUGGCGUGCUAUUUCCAUGUUUCUCUAACCUCGCCGGUGAGAGAACAGAGAGACGCAGAUACCCGAAAUUCUUUCAAGUCGCGGAGGCGAAUUAUAAUGAGUUUCAUAAUAUAAACCGAAAUUUCAAGAAAACGAAAUUAUACACAUUUUUACUGACUAAAUAAAAAAUUAUAGAGCCUCCUGACCCCGAAAAUUCAACAAGAGUCGACGCCCGUCACUCCAGUGACCUCUUGGAUCGACGCCGAGCGCCCGAGCACAAUUGAGCCCGCGAAAUCGGCUCUCCGAGCCAAUCAGCGAAUUUCCGGUGGAGCGCGACAAAUCGUAUGGAUUUUGAAUAGGAUAAUCAAAGUUUUUCAAAAAAAGGAAUUUUUUUCAUUUUUGCGAAAUUCAGAGCUUUCUCUGGCUCUCCGAAAUUUAGUUAUCUUUUUCUUUCUCUGACGGCUUUUUCAAAUUUCACGGAUUUAUUUCAAACGCGUGAAACUCAUCUAAUAUUACUUGGAAAAAGUCUGAUUUCUCUGCCCUCUCUUGCUUUUUACAUGCUCUUUCCACUUAUCUAUGAGCUUUAGGGGAGAGAAAAAGAGACGCAGACUGUCAGACGGUUUCAAGCAGAGAAAAAUUUUGCAAAAAAAAAUCAAUAUUCACGUUAAUUAAAAAAAGAAUUUAUCUUUUUUUAGCCCCGUGAAAAAAGUUUGUUCGCGACGCUGCAGGACCUCUGCGAGAAACAGCAAAAAAGGGUGAGUUUUAUCGAAAAUAAAAAGUCCAACAAAAAAUAAAAUGCGUUUAUGAAUGAAAAAAAAAGAAAUAUAAAUGAUACAAAUUUAGUUUCAACAGUUAAUUUUUUGCAAACGGCAGCAAGUCUUAAAAAAUGGAAUAAUUUAAGAAAUCCGUAACGGUAUUUUCUGUUAUUUUUCAUCCAUUAAUGUCGAAAAUAGCGGUCUACAUUUUAUUAAAUAGAAAAAGUGGUCAAAAAUGGUCUAGUGUGGCCAGCGGAGACGGCGCAGUGCAAAUCGGACGGGUCCGUGUAGGUCUGAACUGGUGUGUGCAUGCACACAACACACGAAACUUCACGGAGAAAAGUGGACGUGCGAAAUUAACUCUAUGCCAGUUCGCUGAAAAAAUAAAUUUCAUUCCAAUCAUUUUGAGGUGGAACGAAUUGGCAAAGAAAAGAUCGGAUCUCCAGUUGUUGCCGUAUCUAAUGUUGCGUGAGUUUCAUCUUUUCUCCCAUUUAAUCCGCCAGAAGAAAAUUUCAAACCCAAUCAAUAACUGACCGAAUUUUUCUCCGAACUUCAAAAAAAAAGCGCUUUUUCUAGUUGCCAACACUGCGAUUUCUUCGGACACAAUGCCGCGGGCCUACGACGACACAUGGUGAAAGAUCAUCCGGCAAAAGUCGUCCAAAUCGACGCCAAGGAUGAUCAUCGACGGUGUCAUCAUUGCCAGGAAGUAUGGCUCCUCAGGAAGACCUGGAAAAAAAUGAACAAAAAUCAGGAGUUCAACAGCCGUCUGAAGCUCUACGCCCACAUACAGACUGAGCACGCCGGCGUCGAGUUUCCCUUUAGGUAUAACUUCACUUUUUUCAGAAUUCUGAUCCUAUGUUUUGUUAAUUAUUCUUCUCUUAACUGGAAAGCAGGAGUCGAAUUUUUGGGGGGGGAACUCAAGUUUUGAAGAAAGUGACUUGAGAAAUCAGGCCAUCAACCAUUUUUUUCUUUGUUCACCUUUCGGUUUUUUUUCAGGAAUAGCCUUAUAAAUUCAGUUUGGUUGUAGUUUAAAGACACGAUUCACUAGGAAUUGAAGUGAAAUCUCACUUUGGAAGAAAAAUUAUUCCAAAAAAAAGGAAUCAAAACUUUUAGUUGGGCGCCAAAGGUGCAUUUUGCCGCAAAGUUGCUCUAUGGAUAAAACGUAUUUUUCAUGAUUUUUUGCUUAAUAUUUUCUUUCUUCCUUUGUGAAUAUAAGAUUACGGUAAGCCCUCUGUAGACCGGUCCCUUUAAUUAUCUAAGCAAGUCAAAAUUGAGCUUUUUCUCAUUUAAAAAAAGCCAGUUUGUGCCUUUGUAAGUACAUAUUUGAACAAUAUAGCUUAAAAACGGUUUUACUGGCACCACAAAGAAAGAAAUUGCUUUGCAGGCUCUUUGAAAUACUUUGUAUAUUUGGUUCACAUUGGCUUGGGACAAAAAAGCCCUAUUUUCAAUAUAAAAAUUCAGAUUUGACUCUUCGAAUCCAUUCAUUAAGUGAGAAAAAUUCUUUUUGGGCUGAACUUACAAAAAAACUUUGAGAGUUUUCGGAAAUUCUGUAGAUUUCCCGUCAGGUAAAGAAAAAAAAAAGAAGUUUUAGGUGCAACUUCUGCGACAACUGCUACGUGUCGGCGGUUCGGGUCCGCGAACACGAGACCCGAGUUCACUCCUCCGGCAGCUUCGUCAACUGCAAAAAGUGCGGGAAACAGUUCGCCAACAACAGAAACCUCAACGAACACAUGAAGAGACACACGGCCGCCGAGCUCUCCGGCAAACAGUUCUACGGCAGAAAAGAGAGAAUUUGA